CCGCCGCCGCCGCGGAGAGGAGGAGGAGGAGGAGAAGAGGAGGAGGAGGAGGAGGAGGGGAGGGGGGUUAUGGACCCCCUGGCCGUGCCCUGUCCGCCACCGGGAGACCCGCAGAACUUCAGCCCCACCAGCCCGCCGGGAGCCGCCGGGAAAGGAGGCGAGGAGCGCGGCGGCGGCGGCCGAGCCGAGGCGGCGAGGACCGGCGGGUCCCAGGGCGGCCGCCAGGACGGGGAAGAGUCGCUGGAGGAGAAGCUGAGGGGUCUGGCUUUCAGGAAGCAGACCUCGUACAGGGGAUCAGAAGAGCUCAGCCGCUGAUCUCCCAGCCCCUCUGCUCCGGGCUCUGAGCACGCUGUCCUGUUGUCUGGG